UCUUGCCGGGGUCGCUUGCUGCUGACGUGUACCGACCGGCUUCUGGCCGCGGUGUGGGUCGGUCGCCAUGGCGGUGGACAUCACACUCCUCUUCCGGGCAAGUGUCAAGACGGUGAAGACACGGAACAAGGCUCUUGGAGUGGCGGUGGGUGGCGGGGCCGAUGGCAGCCGGGAUGAGCUGUUCCGCCGAAGCCCUCGACCCAAGGGAGACUUCUCCAGCCGGGCCCGUGAAGUGAUUUCUCACAUUGGGAAGCUGAGAGAUUUUCUCCUGGAACACAGGAAGGAGUAUAUUAAUGCUUACAGCCAUACCAUGUCUGAAUAUGGGAGGAUGACGGACACAGAGCGAGACCAGAUAGACCAGGAUGCCCAGAUAUUCAUUAGGACCUGUUCAGAGGCAAUUCAACAACUCAGAACAGAAGCCCACAAGGAGAUACAUUCCCAGCAAGUGAAGGAACACAGGACUGCGGUUUUGGAUUUCGUUGAAGAUUACUUAAAAAGAGUAUGUAAGCUUUACUCUGAACAAAGAGCCAUCCGAGUUAAGCGUGUGGUGGAUAAGAAGAGACUGAGAUGGGGAGGGGUAAAGAAAGGAAUUUGUUUUGGAGGUAAAAUAACUGCUAAGUAUUUGUAUUUAGAUCUAAGCUGGAACCUGAGCCAAAUACAAAGAGGAAAGAACCCCCGUCUGAGAAAGCCUCACAGAAUGCUUCCCAAGACUCUGAAGAAAAGCCUGCUGCCGAAGAGUUGCCAGAAAAGCCUUUGGCCGAAGCACAGCCUGAACUGGGAACCUGGGCCGAUGGCAGGGGUGAAGAUGAGCUGUCUCCAGAGGAGAUACAGAUGGCAAAUUGAAGGGAAAGUUGUUGAAAUUUCCAGACUCCAAGAAAUAUUCACCGAAAAAGUUUUGCAACAGGAAACCGAGAUCGACAACAUUCACCAGUUAGUUGUGGGGGCAACAGAAAACAUCAAGGAAGGCAAUGAAGACAUCCGAGAGGCCAUCAAAAACAACGCCGGCUUCCGAGUGUGGAUCCUCUUCUUCCUUGUGAUGUGCUCCUUCUCCUUGCUCUUCCUUGACUGGUAUGACAGCUAGCCCACAAGAGCUGCACCUGUGCCUCCUGCUGCCUCCGACACCACAUGCCAGCAUGUGUCUCAUCUGCUGCGCAGCUGUGUAAGGUCCAAGGGCUGGGGAGACGUGGCCCCCAAGCCGAUAUUUGGAACCUAUGAGACCGUGGAAAUGCAUGGAUUGAAAGUGCCCUAGACAGUCUUCAGGGGCAGAGGGUAAUGGGGCUAGGCAGUCAGGGGCUGCACCUCCAGGAGAGGCCACAAGCACGGCGGGGCAGAGCAGGGCAGGGAUCUGACACACCUGCUAUUCCCAUUACAAUGCUUGGGGCCUCGUCUCCUGCCCUUCCCACACCAGUAGCUUCAGGGAGGAACAGACCUAAUGUUUCUAAAGUCAUUGGUUCUUAUUUCCUUAUGGCAUCUAAUAUGUGCCGCUACGUGGCCAUUUUGUCAUAGAAAAUCAUUCACAUCUGCCUUGUCAAGCUAAUAAAUGCAAUUACAGCCA